AUGACCUUAAUGAAGCAUUGUAUUUCUUCUUCUUCACAAGUAGAUCAGCUAAGAGUUAGUGAGACCAUGCCAGGUUGGAAGUACAAUACAACUUUCCCUGUCGAUGUAGUUUAUACAUGGGUGAAUGGUUCCGACACGGACCACAGGGACACGCUAGCACGAUUGAGGGCAGAACUGUCACGAUUAAACUUACUCACAGCAGCCAGGGCUAGAAACAUUAAAUAUCAGCGCUUUGCUGAUAAUGGCGGCUUGAGAUAUUCACUUCGGUCCUUGGAAAAGUAUGCAAAUUGGAUACGUCACGUGUUUAUAGUAACUAACGGUCAGGUACCGAAUUGGUUGGAUUUAAGGAAUCCGAGAGUAACUGUAGUAACACAUAAGGAAAUUUUUGAUAAUAUCGAUUACCUUCCAACGUUUUCCUCCACCGCUAUAGAGCAUAAUUUACAUAAAAUCGCGGGACUUUCCGAGAAGUUUAUUUACUUGAAUGAUGACAUUUUCUUUGGGCUUCACACCUCUCUUGAUGACUUUUAUACAGAGGAGAAAGGAACAAAGAUAUAUCAAGGAGAGCUUACGCCAUUGAAAUGCAGCGCCACAUGUAGUAUCCAGAUGAUAAGAAACGAUGUGUGUGAUUGGGCUUGUAAUUUUGAUCACUGUGUCUGGGACGGCGGCGACUGUGACGUCACAGCAGAACGUUCUCGACCAAAAGAUACAGACGACGCCCACAGCGACCAUGACAUAUCCAUAUUUUAUACAAAUGCCGUUUUCAACAAAGCAUUUGGAUACAAACAAAGACGAUAUAAUCUACACGCACCUUUGUUCAUUGAAAAAAGUAUAAACCUACGGAUGUUAAACAGAUUUCCUACUGAAAUCAAACAGACAUGCAGACAAGCAGUUCGAAAUCCGUUUGAUUUACAAAUUGGAUUUUCCUACAUGAAUUUUCUGAUGGAGGCUCAUAAUCACUCAAGAUAUGAAACGUUUGUAAACCAUGAAGCAAUUACGUUCGUGGCAAUAACUAGCGAUGUAAGAAAGACUAGAGAAGAAUUCUUAUCGCUUAAAAGUCUUAAAAGGUAA